AUGGAUGAGGCAGAGUGCUGGACAUGUACAAUUGUCAGAGCACACGGGCUGCAACUGAUGCGCCCGGAGCGCUCAUGGCGCCCUAUCGUCACCAUUGAGGUGGAUAAGACCGGCGCUCUGUUUCACGAGACAGUGCUAGGCUCCGACGGCCAGAACGUCAACAUGAAGGAUGUUUUUAGAUUACAUGGAGCAGACCUAGCGUCACAGGUUGAUGUCAAGAUAUUUCACCGCUCGCAAAGCAAGAAGAAGGGUAAAAAGAAAACACUGGUCGCGUCAUGUACCUGUUCUCUUGGAGAAAUGUGGAAGAGAGAUGGCAUUAAUGCUAAAUUAGAACUGCGUUUACAGUGUCAGAACCCCACCAACCGUUCUGUCGCAAGUCGUGGCCGCCCUCAAAAAGGAGCACUUCUUCACUUGAAGCUACGCCCCCCUCCAUCGUUUCCGUCUCCUACUGAACUGGCACUUGCUGAAGAUGAAGAAGGCUAUGAUUCCGACUCGUCGUCUGCAAGCAGCUCGUGUACGGUUGUCACUCCGACUGUCGCGGAAGUUCGACCCCAGCCUACCCUUCGGCGACGGCGACGUGUUCGCGGCUAUGCUGUCAACUCAGACGAGGAGGCAGAGUCUUACUCUGAAACAGACGAUGAUGAUCCAGAAUUGGAUGAGGUCAAACCUUUCAACUUCGAUGGGGAGGACAGGCGCGAUGUCUUGUCGGCGCCUGUCAAAAUCUUGUUCAGCCCGAUCGCGUGGGUGGCAGCUCAGCUACUACCCCAAUACUCUGCCCCGAUUCCGAUUUCUCCUUACCCUCCAUCAUACAACUUUGCCCAGCGGACAAUAUCAACAUUCACACGAUAUUCAGAGCUGCAGGAUGCCCGAACAGAGUCGAAACAAGAACAAAUCUAUGAUAGUAUUCGCAGUGAAUGGGCCUACACUGCUGGCUUCCUCGGGACUUUGAGUGGAGUAAACGCAGCCAUAUUUUCCCUCAGUCCAGACUCUCUAUUCGAGGUCAGUCCCCUCGCGGAGAAAGCCGUUGUUGCGGGCAUCAUUGCUGCAGUACUUGGCAUUGUCUCGACUGCCUGGUUGUGGCUCCGAUAUGGUUACGCUGAUUGCGAAACUUUCUUUAGACGCGCGACCGACAUUCUUUCCGUGGAAAACAAGCCUUCGUUCUUCUUCUUUGCACUAUCCGCCCGCAUUCCGGGGUUACUGAGCUUCAUCAGUGGUGGCGGACUACUGCUUUUUUUCAUCGUCAUCGCGUGGAACUCAUGGCCUGCCGCUGUUGUUGUGGGCUGCUUCGGCGUUGGACUGUUGAUGGGUCUCCAAUGGCUUGUGUUCUGUGUGCUUUGGAGUGUCAGGACGGCCAGAAAGGUGUGGCGAUUUCUUGCUGGCCGUGGACCUGCCAAAGACGAGGAUGUCAGCGAAAAGUGCUGA